UUUCCACAUUGCAACUAAAAGCUUUCCAGCUUUCUUCAAGUCAACACACCUGACGAGUGACUACCUCGAAAAACAAAAGCAAAAACUUUCUUUUUCGUGUUUUGAAAAUAUUGACAGUUAAUUUGGCGGGAAAUGGAAUAAUUUUGCGUUUCGAAAUACGAAUGAAUAGUGCGGUGAUUUGGGAAGACAUUUCGUCAUUUAAACUGUGGAACAACGUGGCUUCCUGUAUGGAGAAAUGGUUCGGUGAUAAAAAGCUGUGGUUGUUUGGCAACAACUUGCCUCUUUUACCCAGAAGAUCGCGCGCCAGCAGCCGCGCGAUGGAGAGGUACGAGAAGCUGGCGAAACUGGGCGAAGGCUCGUACGGCCUCGUGUACAAGUGCCGGAAUAGGGACACGGGCGAGAUCGUCGCGAUAAAGAAGUUCGUGGAGAACGAAGAUGAUCCUCUCAUCCGGAAGAUUGCUCUGCGGGAGAUACGGAUGCUGAAGAAUUUGAAGCAUCCGAACCUUGUGAACCUGAUAGAGGUGUUCCGGAGGAAGCGCAAGCUGCACCUGGUGUUCGAGUACUGCGAUCACACGGUGCUACACGAGCUGGAGAAAUACCCUUCUGGCUGUCCCGAGCUGCUGUCGAAGCAGAUAAUAUGGCAGACGCUGCAGGGCGUGGCGUACUGCCACCGCCACAACUGCAUCCACCGCGACGUCAAGCCGGAGAACAUCCUGCUGACCGGCGACGGCGUCGUCAAACUCUGCGACUUCGGCUUCGCGAGGAUGAUCAGUCCAGGUCCCGGGGAGAGCUACACGGACUACGUGGCAACGCGCUGGUACCGCGCGCCCGAGCUGCUCGUCGGCGACACCAUGUACAGCACACCCGUCGACGUGUGGGCCAUCGGGUGCGUCUUUGCUGAGCUACUGUCAAGCGAGGCCCUCUGGCCCGGUAAAAGUGACCUCGACCAGUUGUACCUCAUUAGGAAGACGCUAGGAGACCUACUGCCCAGGCACAUGACUAUCUUCUCACAGAAUACCUUUUUCCAGGGAAUGUCCCUACCAGAACCUACCACACUCGAGCCCCUGGAGAAAAAGAUACCGCAACGAUACGCGAACAACGAAUUAGUGUUAGACUUUUUGAAGAAAUGUCUAGACAAGGACCCCAACAUGCGGUGGACGUGUGAACAGCUUCUACGACAUCCGAUAUUCGAAAAUUUCCUCUUCAACGUAACACUGACGGAUCAUGAUGAAUACGAGAAGAGUAGGAGGGCACAGAUGCAGUCUUCAUCCCUAUUGCCUCAGCUGAUUGUGAACGAGCGGUCCCAGCCGAAGAAGAAGUCCGAGCUGGACUCGCGAGGACAUCUACCGACCAUAUGACUACCACCGCCCGCGAAGCAGCGGACCAUCAACAUAAUAUAAAUAUUAAAUUGUUGUUCAGUUAAA